AUGACGGAGCUCGGAAAUGCAUCUGCUAGUUCGCCGCCAGCUGCUAGCAGUACGACGUCGGGAUCACUACGGUUCACACCAUCGUCGACACCAUCGGCAUUCGGCGAUGGUCCUGACCCAGACCAGCCUUUGCCGUCCAUAGAGAGAGAUAUCUCAUCUGCAGGCAGCCGACAAAAUACCCCUAGCACAACUGUAUACACGCCAUCAGCUUCAACCGAGAGAGCUUCGACUCAUCACAGCCUGGAGCAUGAUAACUUACACCAACACCUUCAUAACUUGACGUUGGCAUCGCCUGAAGUACAAGUGAGAUCGCCUUUGCAGAGGGAUACACCUACUCCUUCUAUCCAUGUUACCCCAGCACCUUCUGUGGACGGCCGCAGUCAACCCCGAGCCAGUAGGGCCGACAGACUCCUUACUGAGCUGAAUGCCCUUCACAUGGGAUCCUCCCCCGGUUCAGGUUCUCCGGGUGGUCCCGGAACGGGCCAGAGCCGCUCUCCAUCUCCAUCACGCCGUCGCCGCUCUGGCUCUGGAGUCAAUAGAGUGAUCCACCGUAUCGAGGAUGAAAAUCCGCCAGACGCUGUAUUCCACGUGAGGGAGGUCCAAGAAGCUCUCGUCAGCGCAAAGAGCGUACCAUCAAAUAUGCUCAAUGUUCUGUCUGCGUCCGAUCUGCACCGAGAACCGGGAUCAGUAAUUGAAAGCCUCCGUCAACAGGCCAUGAGGCUGAGCGCAUUUCAAUUGCCAUCGUCCCGUAUUGUCGGACUCGUCGGCGACUCGGGUGUAGGAAAAAGCAGUCUAAUUAAUUCCUUACUUGACAAAAGGGACUUGGCCAGAGCGAGCAACAGCGGAGCAGCGUGCACCUGUGUCGUUACGGAGUACCACUACCAUGACAGAGACGAUUUUGUUGUACUUAUUGACUACUUCACACUGGAAGAGCUGAGGAGACAGUACGGCGAAUUGUUACGGGCUUACCGUGAUAACGAAUCGCCUCCAACAGAUGCUACUCGAGAAGACCGCGAAAGCUUACGGCGUAGAGCUGAUCUCGCCAGAGACACGUUCAGAGCAAGCUUCAGAGAGAGGCUAGAGCAAACACCGACAGUUCUUCUUUCCAUGCCCUUCGAUCAUGCCGUGAAUACGAUGGUCGAAUGGGCAUCACAACUACUGGGAUCCCGGGGGAGAGCCGAUGGCCCAGCGGAGACGCAGGAAACAAUCAAUACGGCUGAAGGGUGCUCUUCACGGCUGAGAGAACUAACGUCAGAAUUAGAUAAUCCCGACCCCAACAGAGCCGCUCGAGCAUGCCUUUGGCCGUUCGUCCGGAAACUGAGGGUCUACCUGAAGGCUUACAUUUUGAGCAAAGGGCUCGUCAUUGCCGAUCUUCCAGGACUGCGUGACCUCAACUCCGCUCGCCAGAAUGUUACUGAGCGGUAUGUUCGGCAGUGUCAUCAGAUACUUGUUGUUGCGAGGAUCGAUCGAGCUAUCACAGACCAAAGCAUCAAAGACGUAUUCGAUUUGGCCCGUCGUGCUAGAUUGUCUAAUGUCGGUAUCGUCUGUACGAGGUCUGAUAGGGAGGCAAGGGCGGACUGGCCGGCUGAAAGAACAAGAAUCGACGCGAUGCAAAGAAAAAUCGACGCGAUGCAAAGAAAAAUCGACGCUAAUACACGCGAAAUCGAAUCUCUCAAGGAAGAAAUUGAUGACUUCGGUGAAGACGUUAUGGAUCUUUCUGAAGAGGACGCCCGUGAAUAUGCGAGACUACUGGAUGAUUGCCGAAAGGCUGAGUUACGCCGCCAUAUUAUUACUGUACGGAACGACAAAGUCUCCCGCAGUGUACAGGACAAAUACAGGAGCCAUCCAAUUGCAGCAAACCCGAAAACAUUCUGUGUGAGUAAUAGAAUAUACUGGAGCCAACGUGAGAAGCCUGUCAGUAGCGCUCUCCCCUACCUACAGUUGAGCGGGAUUCUGGACCUGCGCCGCCAUUGCAUUGGGAUUGUUGCCGAGAGCCAUCUCCGCGCAACUACGGAGUAUAUCAAAGACGAGAUCCCGGCAUUUCUUGGUUCUGUUGCACUAUGGGUUGAGGCAGGGUUCGGCAAUGCAAGCACAGAAAGAAAGCAACAGAUUCUCGAGGCUGUGUCUACGAUUCAACGCGAACUCGAAGAGUUAACAUCUCCAGUCUCUCAACUCGGUGGCAUUUCGCGCGCUCUAUGUACCGAAUUCGAUACCCAAGUCUACCUGCAUUUGAGUACGUCUGACAUUGACCGCGGCAAAUUUCUGACUGACUAA